AAUAUAUUUAUUUUACUUCAUUUACAAUGUUUAAGUAAUCGAGAUAUUUUUGCAAGUGAUGGACCACGUCACGUUGUAUGAAACUCUCGCGAGAGCAAAACAGCUUCCUCUUCGCUAGGAACGCGCUUUCAAGAUGUCUCUGGUUAUCCCUGAGAAGUUCCAGCACAUUCUUCGUGUUCUCAACACGAACAUCGAUGGCAGGAGGAAGAUCGCCUUUGCCAUCACUGCCAUCAAGGGUGUCGGCAGGCGUUACGCCCACGUCGUCCUGAGGAAGGCCGACAUCGACUUAAAUAAGAGGGCUGGAGAGCUGACCGAGGAGGAGGUUGAGCGAGUUGUGACCAUCAUGCAGAAUCCUCGUCAGUACAAAAUCCCAGAUUGGUUCCUGAACAGGCAGAAAGACGUCAAGGACGGCAAAUACAGCCAGGUUCUGGCUAACGGCUUGGACAACAAGCUGAGAGAGGAUCUGGAGAGGCUGAAGAAGAUCAGAGCUCACCGCGGUCUCAGGCACUUCUGGGGCUUGCGUGUGCGCGGUCAGCACACAAAGACCACCGGCCGUCGCGGUCGCACAGUUGGUGUAUCAAAGAAGAAGUAAACUGUGCUGCCAUUUUUUUUUUUUUUUUUUGUUUCAAUAAAACUCUCAAACUC